GCCCCCUGUCGUCUCGGCGGUGGGCAGCGACGCCCCUCCCGGGGAGCCAGGCCUCCGGGGGCAUGUGGUCCGCACCCAGCGCUUUCGGUUCUCGGAGGAUCGUGGCCCAGGAUCCGAGGGGGCCGCGCUGGAGGUCCACGUCCCGCAGGUUCUGCAUCCUGAAUAUGGAAUGUAUGUUUGGCCCUGUGCUGUGGUCCUGGCCCAGUACCUGUGGUUUCACAGAUCCUCUCUCCCAGGCAAAGCAGUGUUAGAGAUUGGAGCCGGGGUGAGCCUGCCAGGAAUCUUGGCUGCAAAAUGUGGUGCUAAAGUAACACUGUCGGACAGCUCCUUACUCCCGCAUUGCUUGGAUGUAUGUCAGCAGAGCUGCCAAAUGAAUAACCUGCCACAGAUCUCAGUGGUAGGGCUGACAUGGGGUCAUGCAUCUCCUGACCUUCUAGCUCUACCUCCACAAGAUAUCAUUCUUGCAUCUGAUGUUUUUUUUGAGCCAGAAGAUUUUGAACCCAUUUUAAUGACUGUGUACUUUCUGAUGGAGAAGAAUCCGAUGCUCCAGUUCUGGUCCACCUACCAGGUUAGAAGUGCAGACUGGUCCCUUGAAGCUUUGCUGUACAAGUGGGACAUGAAGUGCACCCACAUUCCUCUGGAAACCUUUGACGCAGACAGAGGAGAGAUCGCAGAAUCUGACCUCCCAGGGAGACAUACUGUGGAAAUGCUGACCAUCUCCCUCCGAGGCCAAAGUCCUACAGGAGCCGUCUAUGCUGGGACAGUCAAAACACCAACCAGAGUGUAAACACGGCCGUUUCCUAAUGGUUGGAUCUGUUGUCCUAUUUGAUUUUACCACCACUCAGAUAGUUAAAACAUUUGAGCAAAAAUUAAAAUACCCAAUUUGAAAAACC